GAAAAAUUUUCGUUUCAUAGGCAUUUUAAGCGAGUUACGACGUAGCUAACAAUAUUUUCAUAUUGACAAACAUUCAACAACGUAUGUCAAAGUGCGAACGGUGUGCACGUGGCAUCUAAAUACUAAACUAUUUUCGUGCGAUGGUCACCAGUUCUGUGAGAUUGUUACAUAACGCUUGACCAAGCAAGACCUCAAAGAGCUUCUGUCUAAUUGUUCAUGACUCUCCCGCAUGUUUACAUACAUCAACUAUCAAAAACACGGAAAUCAUAAAAUAGCCGUACAAUACAACUGCAGGGAGCCCUUUCUUUUUGCUAAACUAGCUGCUCUUUGUAUGGUAUGAUGAUUAAAUUUCCUUGUGCGUAAACUCGCAUUUUUAAAAAAAGGUUUUGAAAAAGACUAAAGAGAUAGUUUCUAUAGCAUAAAUGUUUUUUUUCGCUGCCCGUGAGUCCAUGACCCAUGUCCACGGGUAUUAACUGAGUUCGUGCAAUAUUUCAGAAAUACAAAUUCCUAAAUGACUUUCAGGCAAGUUAAGAAAAAGCCGAUUGUCGAAAAGUCUAAGUAUUUCAAAUCUUAGAUAUUUAAUUUAGAGUUAUGUCGCUUGCUGAUGUAAUAUUUGCUAAAGUCUUAUGAUAGUUAAGUGUCACCAGGUCAAGUAAUUCUUAAGUCACAUGAAGUAAGUCCGUGAUCAGUCGUGUCUCGUCUCGUGUGUGCUGUGUUUGAAUACAGUCAUAAUAACACACGUAACUCGAAUUGUAAUCUACAAGGGAACACACCGUCUUCUACACAGGAAUUCUAUUGCGCUAAGUAUGUCGCCUGGUUCUCGCGCUGAGAACCCAUUCGAACUUCGUUACAAUCGUGAAAUAUUCAUUGUUGUAUCAAUUUUCUCGUUAACUGGUUCCGUUGCCAUUAUUGUUACCUAUUUCCUUUGGCGUGAUCUGCAGAUUACAAGCAGAAAAUUUCUUGUGUACAUAUCCUUUGGCGAUUUCUGGUUUGUUUUCCCGUCAUUGGUAAUAUUGUUAAGGAGGGAAUAUAAAAACCAUGAUCUUUCUUGUAAGCUUCAAAGUUUUAUUUCAACCACUGCAAUUAUGUGGUCAUUUUUUUGGACCACAUCCUUGGCGAUAUUCUUGUAUUUUGCCUUGGUGAAAAAGCGACACGACAUUGCUGAAAAAUUAAUGGUGCCAUUUCAUGUGUUGAAUUGGUCAAUGCCACUGGUCUUUACUGUUAUGGCUUUUUUUUAUGGUCAACUUGGUUAUUCACAUGGUAAAGGAACUGGCGGUUGGUGUUGGAUUAAAGUGACACAAAAUAACCCUACUAAAAGCAAAACUGUUUUAUGGAUGCUUGUCACUGGUAAACUUUGGGAGAUAUUAUCUUAUGUGAUCAACAGUGUUUUGUACUUUUGCAUCACUCAGGCAAUCAAAAAAGAUGUUGAAGAGAGAAGUCAUUUGAUGUCAACAAAAUCUCUACAAGUUGCGGAGAAAGGCAGAGGAAAACUUGCAUUCGUUCCAGUGAUUUUUGUCAUUCUUAGAAUUUGGGGUACGCUAAGAUUUCUACUCUACGCAUGUUCUUUAAAACCUCCCUCAUCACUUGAGCAUAUUUUCGUUACGCUACAGGUUAUUGGUGAUAAUGCACAAGGUAUCACGAAUUUCGUUCUGUUUUGCCUUUUGACGGACAAGUUUAAGCACGAAUGUCUGCGAGUUUUAGGUAUUCAUCGUCGUGAAAAUAACUCAAAAACAUUUGGAAAAUUUACUAAAUAUGAUGGGCGAAAAUUACUUGUUGAAAAUUAACGAACAUAUUCUGCGAUAAGCUGAUAUGCCUUCUGGCUGUCAUAUGGCUCAGCCGACAUCAAUAUAAAGGCAAAUGUCGUUUUCUGCCUUCGCAACUGCCUUCCUUCUUCAUUCAACAUGGAAAAUGUAACCGUAGCUACAAGAUAACUAAAAAACAAUAUUUAAGCUCUUAAACAAUAUUUAAUCUAAUCGAGGUCGUCUAAAGAGCUACUCUUCGUUGUUUACAUCAAUUCAUGCACACUUUGAGGUCAAAACUAGGAAGAUGUUUUUCACAGUACCACGACCUUUCAACUUCACAUGCAAAUGCACAUGUAUCUAUAGUUGACGAUUCAUAAUUUUUUUCACGAACUGCCAUGCAAACGUUUGUAGUUUGGCUACCUUACUUAUAACGAAUAAAUAUCAUAGUUAGAUCUAUAGUAAAGCCUCGUAUUAGCUUUAUCGAUAAAAUUUCACGAUGUGUUUUUCAAAUAAAUUGUAUUUGACAAAGAAGCAAUGUCAUCCAAAAA